AUGGAAAUGAAAGGAAGCGAGCGGGCCACACAAGGAGAAGAUGACAUAACCGAGAUUCUUCCUGCUGUCACGGAAGCCAACGGAGGACACACCAUCAUCAAGAUCCCCCGCACGGAUCCUAUUAUCAAGGCAGACUUCGUUUUUCCGGAGCCACUGAAGCCGGUCUUGCCACCAACAACACCAACAGCAGCAGAAGAGGCAUCGUCAACCACAUCAACGAAACUCGCCCGAGCUUCUCCUCUCAUCACCCCGUUAUCGGUAUGCCUGGCCGGAGGUGUGUUCGCGGUCGUGGCCGCCGCGGCAUGGGUCCGAGUCAUCAGGCAUUGCACGCCAGCACGACGCCGCUCGUUCUCGCGCAAGCUAAGCCGCCUUUGUGCUGCCGCGGACCUAGCCCUAAAAGAAGAGAGAUCGCCGGUGAGUGCACCCCAAGGGGGCAGCAGCAGCGGCGGCGGCAGCGGCAGACUGAGGAGUCUUGGCAGUGACAGUGGCAGUCUCCGGGACCGUGCAGAAGAGGCCGAGCGGCAGCAGGCGAAGUUGAAGGAGCUCCUAGCGAAGGGGUUCGAGCUGGGCAGACGUGUCCCUUGGGAAGCUGCUUGGCGAAGGGAGGACGUGAGUCGGCGGCUCGAGUCUUACGCCCGGGAGCUGUCGCAACGGCUGGCGAAGGUGGAGCGGGCGGCCAAGGAGCUGAAUGUCAUGGCGGAGAUAGAGCAGCUGCUUGACAGGCUAGCCAGCGACGGUGGCGGCGUGCGCAGCGCGAGGGAUCUGUCAGCAGGAGGAAACGGCGGUGAGGCUCUAGACGACCGGAGCGAAAUCAACGACGGAGGUAGAGGUGUCAUACCCCAUCGUGCUCGGCUGUCGAGCCGGGCAGCAUCGCCGCUCUCGCGACGGUCUAGCGGCCGCAGCGACAGCCACAGCGGCGAGAAUACCGGCUGUGUGUUUCGAGAGGAGCUUACACAAUGGUGCGACAGGCUUGCCGUGAGGGAGAAAGAAGCGGAGGACUGGUUCAAGCUUGGCCUCAAGAUUUGGGACUUGAACAUGGCGGACAGAGGGAUCGAGCAGCUUCGCUUGCUGCAACGCCCGGAGACCGUCCACGAAUUCCAGGAGAAACGGGAGAUUGUCCGCCACAAUCGGUGGGAAGUAGAAGAAGAACUAAAGAAAGCGGUAAAAUUCGCGAAGGAAGGCGACCCAUCUACGCUCCGAAAGGCCUGCGUGAAGGCGGAAACCUUCUCCGGCGAGAGCCUGGACGAGUACCAAACCGCGAAGCAGUUGCUGAAGAAUGCGCAAGCGGCCCAGCUAGAGAAGGAGGCUCGAAGGAUACUAUCGAAUCACGGCAUCUUCGCCCAUCCGCGCUGCAACGUGCGCUUCGACUCGGCCAGCGGCCCCGCGCUCCUGCUGAGGGAUGUCUCCGGGGAGGAAAAGCUUGGCGAUGGCGGCGAUGGCGGCUCCGGGCUCGAAGAGCCUGGCGCAGAUUGUGGCGGCACUGCUGCCCCUUGUAUGUGCAGGCGGCACGUCCUCGACUCGGUCAAGCAAGAGGCUGGAGAUCAUCGCGGCGGCGCCCCUGACUUUGGCGGUGUCAUCGCCAGGAAACACCGGAGAGUGGAUCGUGCCGACGAGAGUUGCGGCCGUCAAGAGGAAGGUGUGGCGAGAGUAAAGUGUUCUUGUUCUUUGCGGCGUCAGCCGAUGACAUCGGCUGCUCCGGCGGUGGAAGGUUCGGUCGGCAGUGAUGUGGCGACGUGGGCCCGGCCCUCAGGGGGUGCCGUAGCGGGGGGAGAGACGCUGCUCUCGCGGCAGGAGGAGCUGCUGGUGGUGCGCCGCAGCGCGGAGACGGAGUUCAAGACCCACGUCACGAAGCUGCAGGAGGAUCACAAGCGAGCGUGCGAGAAGGAAGCAUCGAGACUGAAGGCGUGGUACGCGGAGGAGAGCUACCGCCAGGCGUACUUCUCGCGGCUGGACGAGCGCAGCUUUCUUGAGGCAAGCAAGAUAGCGAUGGAGAUGAAGCGCAUGCAAGACGAGGAAGCGCAUCGUAGGCGGGAGGAAGUGGAUGCCAAGCGCCGGAGAGAUGACCGUCGGCUGGAGAAGCUGCAGGCUCGCGACGGCGACUUCUGGCUAGCCCUCUCGGCGCUUGAGGUCUGCCUCGUCGCUGCUGUCGCCGCCUAUAACAAGGGGCUUACACCCAGAGUAGUCUUGGACGCCGCGCGGGAGGUCUUGGUGGCCGAGUGCGCGGACGGCGGCGUCGGGGUUGUCGUUACCUUGGAAGGAGGGACCACUGGCGCGCUCGAGGGGUACGACGACGGGGCGUGUGGAGCGAGGGACGCAGACGGGGGGUGGUGGAGGGAUGCCGCCGACGGAAGCGAGGGCGCUCUUUGGUGGGCGUUGUCCUACGCGGGAUCGACCGCCGGGGCCGUAGUGCGGGCGGGCUACUCGUCCGGUCGCUGGCUCCUGGGGAAGACCCUCGGCCUGGUGAUCCCAGACGUUCGGUGCGAGGCACGCACGGUUUUCGCCCUGGUUGCGUCGCUCUUUUUCCUCGCCCUGGCCUCGAGAAUCGUCGGGGGGCUGCUGGGAUCUGGCCGGGCCCACGUCGUGGCGCGGAGGUGGCUCCUGGUCGCGUGGGUGUGGGCACGGUUCCAGGGCUCGGUGCUGCGCGCCGUGUGGGAGCUGCUGAUGCUGCUGGCACCCACGCCGGCGCUGGUGAUGGCCUACGGAUACGUGCUGGGGUACGUGGAGCGCUACCGCAAGCCGGGCGGUCGCUGGUGGGUGCGGGGGCGGGACGUGCGUCCAGUCUGGUUCAGGGUUCUGCCUACUGUCGUGUCAAGUGCCCUGGCUUGGUUUCUGGGAGCGCGGGCAUUAUCGUGA